AUGAUGGAUGACUAUGUGAGCGAGUCGGACAGCGACUACACGAGCUACUGGAGGGAUUGGUUUAUCUCGUCCAGGGGCAACGAGUACUUUUGCGAAAUCGAUGAGGACUACCUCACAGACAGGUUCAACCUGACUGGCCUGAACACCGAGGUACAAUACUACCAGUACGCGCUGGAUCUCGUCACCGACGUCUUUGACCUCGAGUGCGACGAUGAGAUGCGCGAGGCCAUAGAGAAAUCUGCGAGGCACCUUUACGGUCUCGUGCAUGCUCGCUAUAUUGUUACGACUAGAGGUCUAUCAAAAAUGCUUGACAAGUACAAAAAGGCCGAGUUUGGAAAAUGCCCUCGUGUCAUGUGUCACUCCCACCCCCUCCUUCCUAUGGGUCUCUCUGAUGUCCCCAACCUAAAGCCAGUCAAACUCUACUGCGCCAGAUGCGAGGACAUUUACAAUCCCAAAUCAUCGCGUCAUGCCGCCAUCGACGGCGCUUACUUUGGCACCUCGUUCCAUAACAUCCUCUUUCAAGUGUAUCCCGCCCUCAUCCCCACCAAGAGCGUAGACCGAUAUGUCCCCCGCGUGUACGGCUUCAAGGUUCACGCUUCUGCGGCCCUGAUUCGCUGGCAGAGCUCCAAGCGCGAUGAGAUGCGUCGUCGACUUCGCAAACUUGAGAUCGACACCGGUUUCCGCGACGAGAUGGAGGAUGAAGAAGAUGAUGAUGACGAGGAACUCGAGUUUGAGGGGAUAGAUGGCCGUAUGGCUGUCGUUGAGGGCCUCUAG